AUGGGGCAGACUCAGCAGACGGAGAAAAAUGAUGAGAUUGAUGUCAAAGGAAUUCAGCAAAUGUAUAAAAAGUUUGUAGAUGAAUGUCCAAGUGGACUUCUUUUCCUGCACGAGUUCAAGCGUUUCUUUGGUGUGGACCCAACAGGAGAAGCAUCGGAUUAUGCGGAGAACAUGUUUCGAGCUUUUGACAGAAAUGGGGACAAUACAAUAGAUUUCCUUGAGUUUGUGGCGGCACUGAACCUCGUUUUCCGGGGAGACCUGGAGCAUAAACUACGUUGGUCCUUCAAGGUGUAUGACAAAGACAGCAACGGCUAUGUGGACAGGGACGAACUACACUCAAUAAUUGAUAGCCUCUUUCGGAUAAAGAAAGGCACAAAGACAGAUGUGAGUGAUUCACAGCUGACAGUAGAUGAAGUUGUGGAUCGAAUAUUACAAGCUGUGGACAGUGAUGGAGAUGGUCAGAUUAACUUGCAGGAGUUCGUUAGAGGUGCACAGCAGGACCCCUGGGUGCUCAACAUGUUGAAGCUGGACAUGAACCCUGCUGGCUGGGUGCUGGAGCAGAGGAGACGGAGUGCACACUUCUGAAAUGUCAAGAACAUGGGCCUUUCUACAGCACACAACCAGGACUAAAAUCCAUGAUUAGAAUUACACAAAAUGUGUUAAAACAUUUGUUGAUAUUCAAAGGGCUGAGGAAGUUGUUCCGAACUGGACCUCAUUUGGCUUUCAGUAACUUUACUGUUCCUUUAUGAACAGUAGCAUCUGAAGUAUCUGUGGGACUGUAACAAACAGUAUAAAAACAGAGAAAACAUGUAUAAUUGCCCCAUUUUCCUUUGUAAACAUUCUCUGAAUACAUCAGAAUGUGCAUUUCUGAAAGAAAAUGCGUUUACGAGCUGAAAGCUGGUCGCUGCUGCAAAAAAAAACAUUUAGCACCAGUUUCAUAAGACCUGAAACAAGUGCAUGCAUAUAUAUGUAUAUAAUGUAU